AUGCACUGUCUUUCCUUCGUAACUGUCUAUUUUCCUUUCCAGUUGAUUUCUUCAAACUUUCUUACACUCACGCGGACGGCUUCCGUCUCCACGCCACGCCCAUACCCUACCUGUUUUUACUUACAUUUCUUUCAAUAUCGACAAUAUAAAUGCAAAUGCCGGUUGCUUAAGUGCGGGCACACUCUUUAUAAACUACUGGCCGGGUCGCCCGGGAUGAGCGGCCUACCAUUUUUCAGUGGCUUUCUGUGCGCAAAGACAAUAGAAAAUAAAGACGACUUAAAUCCUGUCUGUCUAUCUCCUUCUAUUCCUAUCUAUCUAUCUAUCUAUCUAUCUAUCUAUCUAUCUAUCCCAAUGUGUUCCUAUUUACCUAUCUAUAUAUCUUGGUCUGUUUCUCUCUAUCUAUGUAUCUGUCUAAGUCUAUUCUUAUCUAUCUAUCUAUCUAUCUAUCUAUCUAUCUAUCUAUCUAUAUCAGUCUAUUCCUAUCUAUCUAUCUAUCUAUCUAUCUAUCUAUCUAUCUAUCUAUCUAUGUAUUUCAGUCUAUUCCCAUCUAUCUAUCUAUCUAUCUAUCUAUCUAUCUAUCCAAGUUCGUUACUACUUACCUAUCUAUUUAUUUAUCUAUCUAAGUCUGUUACUGCUUAUCUAUCUAUCUAUCUAUCUAUUUAUCUAUCUAUCUCAAUCUGUUUCUAUCUAUCUAUCUAUCUAUCUAUCUAUCUAUCUAUCUAUCUAUCUAUCUCAGUAUUCCCAUCUAUCUAUAUCAGCCUAUUCCCAUCUAUCUAUCUAUCUAUCUAUCUAUCUAUCUAUCUAUCUAUCUAUCUAUCUAAGUCUGUUACUACUUAUCUAUCUAUCUAUCUAUCUAUCUAUCUAUCUAUCUAUCUAUCUAUCUCAGUCUAUUCCUAUCUAUCUAUCUAUUUAUCUAUCUAUAAUCCUACCCCUUUAGAGCUUCAGAAUAUUCCUCUCUCAGUUCACGUUAACUUGAUUCUUUGUAUUACUUCGCAUUUUUCUUACCCUUUAAUUAUAUACAUAUUUCUUUCUUUCUUUCUUUCUUUCUUUCUUUCUUUCUUUCUUUUGUCGCUUACAAUUUUGUCCUUUACCUGUUGCCUGUUUUUACUUUCCCGCUUCUAUGUCUAUUUUUAUAGAAUUUUGUCCUGGUCUUUUCAUUGGCUUGGCUCCGUAUUAUAG